AUGGCGGCGGCGCCGCUCUCCUUGAGCUCCCCUCAGCGCCCGGCCGCCACUGCGCAUGCACCGCAUGCGCGGAGGCUACGGGGGGGGCGGAGCCCCGUUGGCGGCGGCGUUGCCGUGGUGACCGCGCCGCGGGGCCGGGCCGGGCCGGGCCGGGCCGCCAUGGAGGUGUGUGACGGGUGGUACAUCGGGGCCACCGUGCGCGGCAGGAUGGAGGGACCGGGCAGCUACACGCUGCCCACGGGCACCGAGUACCGGGGGACGCUCAAGGACGGGAUGUUUGACGGCGAGGGAGAGCUGCUGUUCCCCAACGGCGGCGUGUACCGGGCGGUCUGGCACCGCGGGGUGCCCACGCAGGGGAAAUACACUUUUGCAGAUGGUCUCGAAUACAGAGAUAAAAAAUGGCAUUACUGUGAUGGCUACGACAGAAGAUUUUACACAGAAAUCUGCUCUGGUCUCAUAGAACCAGAUAUUUCUCAGCUUACAAAUCUGGAUCCUCCCCCAGAAAUCCCCAAAGGCUGUUACGACUGUGGUGAUGGAUUCUAUAAUCCUGAAACCAGAGUUGUUGUCGACUACAAAUUCAGGUUUCUGAGAAACGCAGAUAAUGAGGAGCAUGAAUGGAUCAUUCAGACCUGCCGACAAGCUUGGGAUGAGACAAGUGAGCAUCAACCAAAACCAUGAAAACAGUUUUUGCUAGCUGACAAUAUUCCCAAGCAGGUAAUCUGAUUCACAAUAAAUCUCCUUUGUCCUCGUGGAUUUGUCUCCCCCUUUCCCUCCACAGGGAUAUAAUCUUUCUGUCAUCUUUGUCAGCACAAACAAAACUGGAAAUAAUCAUUUAAUCAGUCAUGCUGAGAAAAAGCCAUGGAAAAAAAGCAGACUGUACUCACACUAAUAUUCCUGCGUGUAGUGUAGUAUAUAUAAACCUUAUUAAGCCUGAAAACAAUUUGUUAAAGAGUGUGCCUGGAUUCAGUGUUGAAGUCAUUCAAAUCCAUCUUAAUCAACAUUAUUUCCCCAGAUUUUAGUUAGCUGUCCUGGUGAAUUCCUUUCCUCUCUUUUUGCUCAGUACUUGGAUAUUGAUUGAUCAUUGUAAUAAUGUACACCAGAGGUAUUCUUUAAUGACUGGUUUGCUAACUAGGAAAUUAUAUCCAUUUACUACGAACAUUUGUUGAACUCUCCUGAAGCCAGAGUUUAACAAAAUAAUAAAAGAGGAAAACUGGGUGGGUUGCUGCUUGAUUAGUAAGCCAGAAAGUAUUUAAAAAAAAAUAAAAUGGAAUUACAUCAUUUUCUGGAUGUAAGUGCCAGCACUUCUACUUGCAUUAACUUUAUUUAUUACACAAAUAAGACAUUUACAAAGCACAACAUUAAAAGUAUGUAACAAAACAGACAUUGGUUUUACAAAAAAGUGCUUACAAUUUAGUUUUACUUCUUUUAAAAUAAAUAUUAGUCUUGACUGUCCACUCAUUCAGAGAAAUUUCUUGUUUAACCAUUGUAGCCAAGACAUGCAGAAUUGCAACAUGCUACAACAAAAUGAUUGGCAGAUGAGAUAAAACUGACGUGUCUAUAGUUGGCAUCCUACAGAUGUAUCACUGAUAGUAGUGCAGGAUUGGUUCCCACUCCCCCAUCCCUACUAAGAAGUUGUGUAAGCACCUUUAGCUCGGGUAUUGGGGUUAACCAGCAUGAGCCAAAACCAAAAAGAACUGGUAAUAAAACUGUAAACCAUUCCACUUUCAGACCCUCGCCUUAUUUAGUUACCGCAUUAAACUCGAGUGAAAAGCCUUCACUGGCUAUCUUCAUUGGAUUUGUUUCUGCAAAAGGUUUUGAAAUAGCAACUGGAAAAGUUUAGUCCGUGGAGUCUGCAUCGCUGCACCAGAACCCAUUUGGCAAUUACUGAAUAAACUAAGAAAAUGAGAAUGAGUUUCAUUUUAUUUGUGGGGUUUUUUUCUUUUUUAAUCUACAGACAGGAGAUGAAUGCAAAUGACCUGAGAUAAGGUUUGGUUCAGUGGCAACAGUCAGUGUGAAAUAUGUUGUGAAACAAUGUAUUGAAUAAAUUAGAGGAUUUCUUACA